UUCCGGAACCGGCUGCCAUCUUGCGGUGAGACAGCAGGAGGUUUGCGCCUGGUCGGCACGCUGGUCGGAGCGCAGAGCUGGGGAUGGAGCCGUCCGUCCCCGCUGGUCCUGUGCAACAGCGUUUCUCGCCCUACGCCUUCAAUGGAGGUACUGUAUUGGCAAUUGCUGGAGAAGAUUUUUCAAUUGUUGCUUCUGAUACUCGAUUGAGUGAAGGGUUUUCAAUUCACACCCGCGACAGCCCCAAAUGUUACAAAUUAACGGAGAAGACAGUCAUUGGGUGCAGUGGUUUCCAUGGAGAUUGUCUCACUCUCACAAAGAUUAUUGAAGCAAGACUAAAGAUGUACAAGCAUUCCAAUAACAAGGCCAUGACAACAGGGGCAAUUGCUGCAAUGCUGUCUACCAUACUGUACUCAAGGCGCUUCUUCCCUUACUAUGUUUACAACAUCAUCGGUGGACUUGAUGAAGAAGGCAAGGGAGCUGUGUACAGCUUUGACCCAGUGGGCUCCUACCAGAGAGAUUCCUUCAAGGCUGGAGGCUCUGCAAGUGCCAUGCUGCAGCCCCUGCUUGACAACCAGGUUGGUUUCAAGAACAUGCAGAAUGUGGAACAUAUCCCACUGUCUUUGGACAGAGCCAUGAGGCUGGUGAAAGACGUCUUUAUUUCUGCAGCUGAGAGAGAUGUGUACACUGGAGAUGCCCUCAGGAUCUGCAUUGUGACCAAAGAGGGCAUCAGGGAGGAGACCAUUUCUCUGCGGAAAGACUGAUUGUGGGCUGUACCUUAGAGUUGCUGCACAGAUUUGUUUUAUUAAAAAGAAACCUGAACUAC